CCGCCGCCCACACGCCGCGCCCUCGCCUCAUCGCGGUCGCGGCCGCCGCCCUCGGCCCCCCGGCCACUCCCAGGUGGCCCAGCCCUCGGACCCCGCGGCCGGCCGGGCGCUGCCCGCCGGCGGGGACCUCAGGGAUCAUGGCCCAAGUAGCAAUGUCCACCCCGCCCGUCGCAAAUGAGGAGUCUUCGGAGAGCAGGAUGGUGGUGACGUUCCUCAUGUCUGCUCUUGAGUCCAUGUGUAAAGAACUGGCCAAGUCCAAGGCAGAAGUGGCCUGCAUUGCAAUGUAUGAAGCAGAUGUGUUUGUCGUUGGAACAGAGAAAGGACGUGCUUUUGUCAACGCCAGGACGGAUUUGCAGAAGGAUUUUGCAAAAUACUGCGUUGCUGAAGGGCUGCAGGAGGUGAAACCCCCAGGCCCUGCCAAUGGGAUGCAGAUCAAUUCAGGAGAGACAGAAAUACUCAGAAAAGCAGUUGAGGACUAUUUCUGCUUUUGUUAUGGCAAAGCCUUGGGGACGACAGCGAUGGUGCCUGUUCCUUAUGAGAAGAUGCUGAGGGACCAGGCGGCCGUGGUGGUACAGGGGCUCCCGGAAGGGGUCCCCUUUCAACACCCUGAGAACUAUGACCUCGCAACCCUGAAGUGGAUUUUGGAGAACAAAGCAGGGAUUUCAUUUAUCAUCAACAGACCUUUCCUGUGUCCAGCCAAUCAGCUAUGUGGGCCUGGGGUGGUAACAGAUGCUGAGAGAUCAGUGACAUCACCAAGUGAAAGCUGUGCCCCCAUCAGUGUGAAGACUGAACCCAUGGAAGAUUCUGGCAUUUCACUGAAAGCAGCAGUUGUGUCAGUCAAGAAAGAAUCAGAAGACCCUAAUUACUAUGAAUAUAACAUGCAAGAGAGCUAUCAUUCUUCUGUGAGCACUGAAGUAAUAGACACGGAAUUACCAAUGGAAGAUUCUACUCAGCUUUUCCCUUCAGAAACGAGUGAGGAUCCUGAAGCUGAGGUGAAAAUUGAAGGAAACACCAAUUCAUCCAGUAUUACAAAUUCUGCAGCAGGUGUUGAAGAUCUUAACAUCGUUCAAGUGACGAUUCCAGAUAAUGAGAAGGAAAGAUUAUCAAGCAUUGAAAAAAUAAAACAACUAAGAGAACAAGUCAAUGACCUCUUUAGCCGAAAAUUUGGUGAAGCAAUUGGAGUGGAUUUUCCUGUGAAAGUUCCCUACAGGAAAAUCACCUUCAACCCUGGCUGUGUGGUCAUCGAUGGCAUGCCCCCGGGGGUGGUAUUCAAAGCCCCUGGAUACCUGGAAAUCAGCUCCAUGAGAAGGAUUUUGGAUGCCGCAGAAUUUAUCAAAUUCACAGUCAUCAGACCACUUCCCGGCCUUGAGCUCAGCAAUGUGGGAAAAAGAAAGAUAGACCAAGAGGGCCGUGUGUUUCAAGAAAAGUGGGAGAGAGCAUAUUUCUUCGUGGAAGUACAGAAUAUCCCUACGUGUUUAAUAUGCAAACAGAGCAUGUCUGUGUCCAAAGAAUACAACCUGAGACGCCAUUAUCAAACCAACCACAGCAAGCACUAUGACCAGUACACUGAAAAGAUGCGUGAUGAGAAGCUUCAGGAGCUGAAGAAAGGGCUCAGAAAGUAUCUCUUAGGGUCAUCAGACAUGGCGUGUCCCGAGCAAAAACAAGCGUUUGCAAACGCGAGUCCAAGGGAAAACCCUGCCGUCCAGCCCGUAGAAGAUGUGGCCGGGAACUUGUGGGAGAAGUUACGUGAAAAAAUCAGAUCAUUUGUGGCCUAUUCUAUUGCCAUCGAUGAGAUCACAGAUAUAAAUAACACCACCCAGCUGGCUAUAUUCAUCCGGGGCGUCGAUGAGAAUUUUGAUGUAUCCGAAGAACUUUUGGAUACGGUGCCCAUGACGGGGACGAAAUCUGGAAAUGAGAUCUUUGUGCGUGUUGAGAAGAGUCUUAAAAAGUUUAACAUCGACUGGUCGAAAUUAGUAAGUGUGGCCUCGACUGGCACCCCAGCGAUGGUAGAUGCCAGCGACGGGCUGGUCACAAAACUCAAGUCCAAGGUGGCAACGGUUUGCAAGGGCUCAGAUCUGAAGUCCGUUUGUUGCAUUAUUCACCCGGAAUCGCUGUGUGCUCAAAAGUUAAAGAUGGACCACAUCAUGACCGUGGUAGUUAACGCCGUGAACUGGAUCUGCUCCCGAGGGCUGAACCACAGCGAGUUCACGACUUUGCUCUAUGAGCUGGACAGCCAAUAUGGCAGCCUUCUGUACUACACGGAGAUUAAGUGGCUCAGCCGUGGGCUGGUGCUGAAGAGGUUCUUCGAAUCAUUGGAAGAAAUCGACUCCUUCAUGUCCUCCAGAGGCAAGCCCCUGCCUCAGCUGAGCUCUCAAGAUUGGAUCAAAGACUUGGCCUUCUUGGUGGACAUGACCAUGCAUCUGAACACGUUGAACAUGUCUCUCCAAGGGCAUUCCCAAAUUGUGACACAGAUGUACGACUUGAUCCGGGCAUUCUUGGCCAAACUGUGCCUCUGGGAGACUCAUUUGGCCAGGAAUAACCUGGCCCACUUUCCCACCCUGAAAUCUGUUUCCAGAAACGAAAGCGAUGGCCUGAACUACAUUCCCAAAAUCGUGGAGCUGAAGGCAGAAUUCCAGAAAAGGCUGUCCGAUUUCAAACUCUACGAAAGUGAACUGACCUUGUUCAGUUCCCCUUUCUCCAUGAAGAUCGAGAGCGUUCAGGAAGCGCUCCAGAUGGAGGUGAUUGAUCUGCAGUGCAACACGGUCCUGAAAACCAAAUACGACAAGGUUGGAAUCCCGGAAUUCUAUAAAUACCUCUGGAGCAGCUACCCCAAGUACAAAACCCACUGUGCCAAGAUCCUCUCCAUGUUCGGGAGUACCUACAUUUGUGAACAGCUCUUUUCCAUUAUGAAACUGAGUAAAACAGAAUACUGCUCCCAGUUGAAGGACUCCCAGUGGGAUUCUGUACUCCACAUCUCGACGUGACGAAACACGCUCCCGCAGGGGCCCGUGGGCUGGGAGCCUAGAAUCCUCUAGGCCCAAGGGGUUGCAAGAUGAGAAAAUGAGUUAUUAAAUAUAUCUGGUUUUCCAUUUUUUCCACUUUGACUUGGAAAUAUCAUUUGCAGUUAUCAUACCUGUUUGUGUGACAUUUUAUGUUUCCCCAUAGCCCAGUAAAAAAAAUCAAGAAAGUUUUAUUGUAUUUCCAGUAGUUGACUCUUCUUACACCUGCCCUCUUUCACUCGCUCCCAUACUUGCCUGACCCCUGUGGGCAUUGGGGCUGCAUCCUGAAGUUUAAAUCAGUUCACAGAGAGACAGAGAGAGAGACAGAGAGAGAGAGAUGCAUAUAUGCCGUGGGGGUAUAUGGGCACACACAUGCAUCUCCCCGGCGUCUGCAUGGCAUUCCGUGUGACCUCAAGUGUUUCCACGUUGAAGGAGAAUCAGUUACAGACGUGUUCACAUACUGAGGUGUCCCUAGCUUUUCUGUCCCUGCCUCCACACGAACCCGGAAAGGUAGGACUUCAAGUGGAAAACCCCAAAACAAAUAACGUAGGCUUUCAAAGCCUAAGUUAAGGUUUGGAGGCUCUUUUUUUUUUUUUUUAACUUUAUUUUGAAAUAAUUUCAAAUGUAUAGAAAAGUUGCAGAAAUGAAAAGCACGUGAAGAACACUUAAUGCCCUUCUGCCAGAUUCUCAUAUUGUUAACAUUUUACCUGUUUUUUCAUUU